GAAGGAGCAGGUUUUCUGAGUGGUGCGUGAAUAGUCGAACGGUCGAGAUCUACGAGAGAGGUCUCUCUGACGAAGAGACACGGAGUGCGAGGGGUCGGCUUAGUUGAAGCGAUUUUUCAAAGGGAGACAAUGACUGCCCCUUUGGAAUCGAGCCCCAUGUCAGGGCUGCUAGGGGCUGUCCUGUCCGACACACCAAUUCCGUACGUCGCUGGCCCCAAUGUCUUGGCGGCGAACGCCUCGAAUGCCACCAUCCUCCUCGCCUCCGGAGAAUGCAUACCAGACAUGAUACCCUCAGUACCAGAGUACUUGUCAGCAAUAGAUUUUGGAGGAGUUUUGAUACUUUGCCUGGGUUUGGUGGCGACAGUUUGCAUUUUCGUCCUAUUCGGAGACUGCGUGGCUCACAUCUUGCGUCACGGCCUGCCCAGAGCCAAGUCGAGCACCAUCCUCGUCAUCUCGGUCUACCCAAUGGUGGCCGUGGCUGUGAUGAUCGCGUCGAUCUGCCCGCGCGCCCAGUUGGUGGCUGAGGCGACCACGCAACUGGCCUUCACCACCUCCUGGUACAAUUUCUUUUGCCUGCUGCUGGACUACAGCGGCGGCAAAACGGCCAUCCUCAGCUCUCAAAAGCCACAAAGUCUCACCCUGACUCCCAGGGUGCCGCCGCUGUGCUGCUUCUGGUGCUGCAUGCCGCAAAAAGUAACCAUCAACAGUCGCACUUUGGCAUUUAUGCGAUGUCUGGUGCUGCAACUGCCUGUGGUCCAAGGUCUGAUUUACCUGGUGCUCUUGGUUAUGGCUGCCGAGAGUUUGUCAGUCGCCUCAGCUCAGCACGCAUUGUAUGCAGCCCCGGUCAUGUUUGUCUCAAUAUUCACUGCACUGUGGGGAAUGGGUAUGUUUGCCCGGUUUUUGGGACCUGGGCUUUUGGAAGGGUUUUUCGUCAAGCAUAAAAUGCUGUCGCUGCAGUUUGUCCUCAUUUUCUCAAAGCUACAAGGACUGGGAAUUAGGAUUGCUGGCUGGGCCGGCCUCUUCCCCUGCCACCCCGCUCUUCCGCCUACAGUUUUCGCAAAUUUGGUGUACAACACUUUGAUGAUGACGGAAUUGGUUGUGCUGAUGGUGAUUGCCUGGCGCCUUUACAAACGCCCCCUGCCCCUCAAGUUGGCCGCGCUGCCCUAUGAAUCUCAGCCCGCCUCAAAAAUGCCGUCCAUCAGCAGUGUCGUUUCAGAGAGGGCUCGCUCGUAAACUUGGCAGUGAAUCAUUUAAGAGCUGGAUCUCUUUCGCAGUCUUACCUGGAGCCUUUUGUCAGAUUAUUUUUUAAGUAUUUAUUCGCGUGCAAUCUUCAGUCCUCUCGUCGUCUCAAAAACGUGUGUGACAUAUUUAGUCACAAAUUCUUAACAAUAAAAAAGAUGAAUUUUUUAUUUAAAAA